ACGGACGGACAGACAGACCGCCAUGGCAUCGCUCAAGAGCAGCACUGCCGUCUGCGUGGUCUGCCUGGAGAAACCCAAAUACCGCUGUCCGAGCUGCCGCAUGCCCUACUGCUCCGUGCCCUGCUUCGGGGAGCACAAGGAGAAAUGCAACUCUAAAGCCUGUCCCACAGAGAGGAAAAUCAGACCAGCUGUUCCUGCAAUAAUAAGAAAGCCAGGGGGAAGUGAAGAUGACAGUGACGAUUCUAUAGCUGAUUUUCUCAAUAGUGAUGAGGAAGAGGACAGAGUUUCUUUGCAGAGUUUAAAAAAUUUAGAGGAGUCUGCAGCAUUAAAGACCUUACUACAGAAUCCACACCUCAGACAGCUCAUGGUCAGCCUGGAUCAGGCAGACAACAAGGCGGAGCUCAUGAAAGCCUGCAUGCAGGAGCCCUUGUUUGUGGAGUUCGCAGACUGCUGCCUGAGGGUGGUGGAGCCGUCCAGGGGUGAAGAUCUGUGAGAUAAAUGGAGCUACUUGUAUAAACACACGCUGGACAUACAGACCUCUGUGCCCCCCUGCCCCCAGAUCAGCUAGUGGUGGGACCCUGGGCAAGUCCAGGGACUCCCCAGAACACAUACACAUCUUGGCUGAGAAGGGGAGGUCAGACUUCACCCAGCACUUUGGGCUUAUGUUUCAGAGAGGAAGGAUAUAGGAGGCAGCAAACCUUUGUAAAUAGAAAAUCUGACAUUUCAAUGGUUGCUUGUAAAUAGUUUAUUUUUGGUACAGUAAAGAUAGGCAUACAUAAGUUUUUUACUCCGUUUGAAUUAAAACUUAGUGUUACUAAAUAAAAUCAAGAUAUGGUUGUUCUGACCAUA